AUGAGCACGCAAUGGCCGCCGCCCUCGGGCAAAUUAUCAACCCCCUCUGUUCCGGCAAAUGAGACUACGUUCACCAUCAUCGGUACGGCGACCAUACACGCACCCGCCUCCAAAGUCUUCGCCGUCACCCGCGACAUCAGCAAAUACGGCGAAUGGAACAGCUUCUGUCCGACAGUAACCAUUCAAUCGCAGCCAGAGGAUGCCGAUAAUCCUGCCAUUCUUCACGUCGGAACCUUCUUCACCUUUGGCGCCGUCAUGGACUCAAACAAGCCGCACAAGGUUAAUGAUACCGCGCUGCAAGUGUCAGACAUCUCUACCCCCGACCAUCCAUCCACCUACAUUCCUUCUGCCACCCUCGAAGAGGACAAGUCGUACACGUCAGAUCUGAGCAAGAUCUACCGCAUCGCAUGGAAGUCUGCUCCAGGACUCAUCACCCUCGGCGUGCGAACCGAGCGCUUUCACGAAAUCAUUGUGCUCGGCGAAAAUGAAUGUGAAGUCCGCACGUGGGAGAACAUGGCCGGCCCGCUGGCAUACGUGGUCAAAUGGAUGUAUCAGAAAACAUUGGACGCCAAGUUUCGGGACUGGUGUGAUAAUUUGAAGAAGUACUGCGAGAAAUGA